AUGGAGGCUGCAAUUAAAGAGGUAUUUUGCCUAUUCGAUCAAGACGCUGAUGGUUUUAUCAACGGGGCGGAGAUGCCUAUCUGUAUCAGGGCAUUGGGCGUAAACCCGUCUGAUGAUGAAAUGAACAAGAUUAUGCAAGGGAAAGAAGAAUUGAAUUUCAACUUUGAGGCCUUUCGAGAGCUUGUCACCCCUUUGGUACAAGGCAAAGAUAUCAGACAGUCACUCCUCAAUGCUUUCAAACCUUUCGAUCGGGAUGGCAAUGGUACCAUCAACGUUGGUGAAUUGAAACAUGUCAUGCUCAAUCUGAGCGAGAUGAAAUCUCAGGUAGAUAACCUAGUUCAAGAAAUCGACCCAGAUGGGAAGAAAAUAGUGCCGUAUGAGCAAAUCGUGAAUGUAUUGCUCGGGGCGUAG